AUGUCUUCCGUGACGAAGAUGGUGGGUGGCUGGCAGCACAGCCCCAAGGAGGAACCUCGCCCAGGAUCAGCUGGGCAGAUGGUUGGCAGCCAGGCGGUGGUGCAGGCGGGAAAGGACAAGGAGGCCAACACUGUCGACCUCAAGGCUGCCGCCGCAGCAGCAUACAGCAAGCUCAGCAAGGACGACCCGCUCAGGCAGCACUACGAGGCCCUCUGGCCAGAGCUCGCCGCAGCCAAGCCACCAGCAGACCAACCAGUCGUUGGAUUCAAGGCAGUGGAGGCAGCUGCUCGACGCUUGGACAAACUCCAGAAGAAAGUACGAUUGGCAGGGGAGCAAGUUGAGAGUGCCCAGCAGUACUUGGCUGAGAGUGAACGCAAGCUUCGUGAAGCCAUGGAAGCCUCCAUUGCAGCCGAAGAUGAGUUCGACAAGCUCAAGGCCACAGUCGGCAAGCAAGAGGCACCAGCUGAACCUGCAGCCGAGAAGCCAACUCUGGCAGCCCUCCUGGAGCAGUUCGAGCAUGAGCCUGACGACUUCCACAAGUGGUCCGAGCCCGACAAGGAGGUCUGGCGAGCAGCAAAGGCCAGGGGCGAGCGCAUGGCCCAGACGGUCAAGGAGCACGAGGAGGAGACGGCGAAGCACCUGCGACUACUGGAGGAAGAGACGGCCAGGCACCAGGAGCAGCUGCGCCAGCUCGAGCAGCAGCUGCCCAACCAGAAGCAGGCGCAGCAGAACACGACAAAGCAGAGGAACGCCGAGCCAGAGUGGAGGCCCACAUCCAGGAGGCGCGAGAGAAGGUCUCGCAGGCGAGGCGCGCCGAGACAGUCGUCGAUGCAGAAGGGCAAGGUGACCACUCAGCAGGGUAGCCGCCCCAAGGCGAGCGCGAAGAAGGCUCGCCGCCCGUGCCACAUCGACUUCUUCAACGUCACGACCUGGGGCCCCCAGGCACAGGGCUACCUCAUGGAGAUCAACAAUACCAAGGACAGGGACAUCAUUGGCAUCGCGGAGCACCACCUCCGCCAGCCUGCGCAGAUAAGCAAGGCAAGAGCGGCGCUCAGGAGGAAUGGCAUGCACAGCUACUGGACCAAGGCACGGCCAGGAGAAGGAGAAGGCACUCGAGGAGGCACGUGUGCCAUCGCGCGAGGAUCCUUGGACAUCCAGGACAGGAUCGCGGGUUUCGAUGAGCACUACCUGCACGAGGACGGCAGUGACGCCACGGUGGUGAUCUCCAACCUGCACAAGGUCCGUUUCGCAGUGGCUUUCGUCUACUUCGAGUGUGGGACGGGCUUUGGAGAGAGGAACGUCGACAUCCUCUGCGACCUGCGGGAGAAGAUGGCCGUCUGGGGUGAAGCCAGGUGCAUCGACUUCGCGCUGAUCUCGCAGGGCCCGGCGCCGUAUGUCGACCAGCUGGAGCUGCUCAGGACCGUGCCGUGGAAGCCGCACAUUGGCAUCCGCUUGAAGUUGAAGGGGCGGCCUCUCAUGCUCAAGGGCAGGGUACUUCGCAGGCCAGCAGCCAUAAAGCCGCCAGUCACAGUCGAGAGAACGCCGAAGUCCAGAGCCGCUUGCAGACGAGCGGCGCGCGGAGGCCAGGAGGCCAUGCGCCGACGUCAGCCAGCGCUGGCAGAGGCAGGACGCGACCUGGACGAGAACGACAUGGAGCCAGUGCCGCAGCUGUACUACGACAAGGAGGUCCAGCACGCCAUCGCUGACGAGUUGUGGCAGGCCACCUCCGAGCGGGUCAGCGCGCGCGCCUACGACGAGUUGCCCCAGCACUUGCAGCACACAGUCGUCGGCAAGAUGAUGGAGCGGGACAUGCUGGACCUGGGGCAACAGUACGACCGCUUCGCAAGCACCCUCGAGCUCAGCCUGCGCGAGAGCAUCGGCAUCCCAGAGGAAGAGCGUGGACGACAUCUCGGGCACAGCAGGCCCCCGAGCUACAAGAGCGCGAGCAUCAAGGACGCGUCCUGGACCUCCGAGACGGGCGCAGCUUUCCAAGAGAUGGGGGCGAGGCGGCCUGGCCCAGAGAAAGAGGUAGGACGCAACACCAUGGACAUCCAAGAUCACGACCCCUUCGAGGAUGAGGAGGACUACUUGGGGUACCGCCAGGAGAUCGCAGACCAGGAGAACAGCGAUGGGUACCACCAGCACAUCGAGGCGCAGCAGGACAGCCUCGAGUUCGACCAGACCGAGACCGCAGAUCAGGAGGACUGCGACGGGCACCACCAGCUCAUCGAGGGGCAGCAGGACAGCAUCGACAACGGCCCAGAGGCAGAGGAGCAACGAGAUAUGGGCCUGCCCCCACCAGACCUCUGGAAUGAUGACCAGCACCAGCGGGAGCGGGAAGACUACGUGGCCAUGAGAGACGACCUGGAGUACUGGGCGGCCAUCUGGAUGGAUAACUUGGUGCAGCUCCCCACGGACAACAGCAACUGGAUGCAGUUAUGCGUGCCGUUCCUGGAGACCAUCUUGGGCGGCGGAGGCAACAAUGGCAUGGUGAGACUGCUCAGGCGUAGGUACCAGCAGGCCGGCCUCAGCCACAUCAUCAGGGUCCGCACCCACAGCGGCCACCAGACGCAGCAGCAGAUCAACACAAGACGGCAGCUCGCGCAGCAGCUCAACCAGCCUGACCCAGGCAGGCUGAACGAAGAAGGUGCAGCCAAGGACCAGCAGCAGGCCCUCCUCACAGACCUGCACGCGAUAGCAGAGGGCGCCCUCGUGGACCCAGGGACGAUCAGCAGGGUAGCAGAGGAGGUAAAGAGCAUGGCCAAGCUACUCACAAAGGCGGUGAAGAAGGCGUACAUCUACUGGGUGCACGACGCCACGGCAGGCAGUGCGAAGAUGGCCCACGCCUACACCAAGGCAGCGGAGCGCAGCCACCUGGAGGACAUCCUUGAGCACGAGGGCCAGGUCAUCAACCACCCGCAGCAGCUGGUGGACUUGCGCAAAGAGGCAUGGCAACGCAGGUGGACACGAGAUGCACAGAAGGCCGAGAGGAUCCAAGAGGCGCUGGCCAAGCUGAGGCAGGCUGCCUCGGCCCAAGAGAAUGCCCUCGAGCCCAUCAGCAAGGACAUCAUCGGCUCCAUCAUCCAGCACCUGAAGCGCAAUGCUGGCCAAGGAGCGGACUGGUGGAGGGCUCCAGAGCUCAAGGCCAUGGGCGCCCAGGGGCUGGAAGCCUUCGUGCAGUGCCUGACCAGCUGUGAGCAACGGGCAGCGUGGCCGUGGCAAUUCUACUUGGUGCUGGGGCUGCUGCUGGGCAAGAAGCGAGGAAUCGGCGGUGAGCGCCCCAUCGGCCUCAUGCCCAUGCCGCACCGCAUCUGGAGCGCAGCCAGGAAGCCCAUAGUAGCCACCUGGAGCAAGGCAGCGGCGGGCUUCUGGGAUACGGCAGUAGCUGGCUCCUCAGCGCUACGAGUGGCAAUGCACAGACUGAUGAGGGCAGAAGCCGCCACGGAGAUGGGCUUUCAUGCGGCAGGAGUGUUCUACGACGCGGCAAACUUCUACGACAACAUAGGCCUCGACCAGCUGAUCGAGAAGGCCAGCGCCCUCCAGUGCCCGUUGCUGCCGCUGGCAAUGGCCGUGCAGAUGUACCUUGCGCCCAGGGCCAUCAUGGCCCACAGCCUCUUCUCGGACAUCUUCGAGCCUGCCAACAGCAUGGUAGCUGGCUGUGGCCAAGCGGUAGAGGGUGCGCGGCGGCAGGUCAUUGACCAGAUCACGCACGUGGCAGCGCUGGUGCACGAUGGAUUCAAGCAGAUCUCGAUGCCCAUCUCCGUCAAGACGGCAGUGGUGGCCUCGGACAAGGACCUCCAGGCAGAAGUCGCCAGCAUCCUGGACAGCCUGGGCACCCCCAACAAGCAACCAGGUGUAGUGCGCGACCUCGGCGUGGACACCAGCCUCGGCAAGCAGUUGCGGCGACCCACCCAUGCCGCGCGCCAGGCCAAGGCCAAGCAGAGGGUGGCCAAGCUCAAGGACCUAGCGAAGACGGACGCCAGAGGCGCGGCAAAGGUCUAUUCAGCAGGUGCCUAUUGCCAGCAGGCCUGGGACUUACCAGCGCACGGCAUCACGCCCACGGAGGCGAAGUCGGUCAGGGCUACGGAGGCAGCGCUCCUCACAGGCGGACACAAGGCUGGACGCUGCACGUCCACCAUCCUCCUGAUCCAGAGGGGGAUGCAAGAGGCAAUAACCCGAGCCAUCGGCGACCAGAUCAAGCAGCUCUGGCUCACCAUAGUCGACCACCCGACGGAGCUCAAGAGGUACCAGAGAGGCGGGCUCCUGCUCUACGCCAAGCUGGGCGCCCUGGAACCCAACCGCAGGUGGCAGCAGGCAGCCAUGCUGGAGACCAUAGCGGUGGCGGGCAUCUGGACCAGGGAGCGUCGCAGGGCGGCCAACCUCAACCAAGAAGGCGACGACACCUGCGCGAGAUGCGGCGAGGCGAUAGAGACAGAGGAACACCGCUACUACGUAUGCCCUGCCAACGCAGAGAUAGGGCACUGCAAUGACACCGACCUGGCGAAGAAGGCGAAGGACGCGCUGGACCAGCGGCAAGACCUGCACUUCUGGCUCCGAGGCAUCCCGCCAGCGGCCUGGGCAGCCAAGGCCGACCCAGACGAGGACGCGGCGAAGGCGGCGCAGAUCUUCUGCACCAGCGAAGAAGCUCAGGCGGCAGCCCAGUCAGGGUACAAGGUUCGAGCAGACUAUGUCUUCACGGACGGCUCAGGUGGUGCAGGGGAAACGGCCAAGGACCCCCGCCUCAGACGCUGCGGCUGGGCAGUGGUGGCUUUCAGGUUCGACGAACAAGGACGUCCGCAGGAAGUGGCCGCCUGGUACGGCACGAUCAGGGCACCGCACACGGUGCCACGGGCAGAGCUCACCGCCAUGAGCAAAGCCAUAGGGUACACCACGGCGGCGACAGCCAGGGGGCUCAACAUAGUCAGCGAUUGCAAGUACGCUCUGGACGCACUCAAUCAGAUCCAGGAUCCUGAGGAUCAGGACUACAGGAGCACGAACUACGACCUCUGGCCCCAGACGAAGCAGCAGCUGCAGAACAGCACGGACACCAUCAUGGGCCACCACAUCCCAAGCCACCUGAUUGAGCACCCAGCCGAGCUGGAGAGGUGGAAUGGUCCCACUUGGUGGGUCAUAGGAAACGAGAUGGCAGACAAGUACGCAGGCUGGGGAGCGGAGCGUGGUGCACUGGAUCCAGCCAUCAUCGCGCAGCAGCAGAUCAGGGACCAGAUCACCACGGCGGUGCAAAACCGGCUGCUGGCCAUCAACAUGGCGGUGACGGUGGAGGACCCCAACAAGGCCCCUCAGCGUCCCAAGGCCAAGCGCCGAAAGCCGCAGACGGCGAGGGACAGGGCAGCCCAGCUGGGACACGACUUGCGCAAGCUACAUCCGCGAUGGUGGUGUGCAACGUGUCGCAGCGGCCCAGCCAAAGGACAAAGCAUCAGAGACUGGCUGGCAGAGACGGGAGAAUGCCUCGGGAAGUACGGCGGCCACCAGGACCAGCACGGCAACGUCAGGCUCGACUUCAAGGCGGUGCAGAUCGGCACGCAGGUGGUGCACGUCUCCCACAAGACGCAGUUCACCCAUGGCUGGCUCUGGUGCGAGAAAUGUGGCGGCACCAGCUACCUUGGGGACCACAAGAGCAGGAUCGUGGCAGGAGUGGCAAGGAAGCUGGCAAGGCCAUGUCAGCCCCCAACAGCAGCAGGGCGGCGGGUCUUGGCGGACAUGCAGAGGGGCAAGCUGCCAAGAGGAGCUAAGCCAGCAGCAGACCCAGCUGAUGAGGGUCUCAACGAGAUCACCAUGCCUGGAGAUUUCAAGCUCGGCCUGCGCAACCACGAGGCGAUCGACCUGGACGGGGACAGCUCAGAAGCAGGGGACCCGCAGCCAGCUCCACAGCAGCCACCCAGCCAUCCGCACUCUGUCGUCCACGCCAUCUGGAGGCUCGUGGACCACAUGGAGGGCUACGCGGAGCAGUGGAUGAACAUGGUCGACCAAGAGGUCUGGGACGACAUGGACGACUGGAUGGAGCACAGCGUACCGUACCUCCUGGCCAUCACCAAUGUGGGUGGCGGAACGGACACGCAAGAGCAGACCAGGGCCGUCACCGCGCAGGAGCUUCAGCAGAUCAAGGACUUCUGCGAAGAAGUCUGGCGCAACACGCACCGCACGCGACGGAGGCUCAUGACCAGGAUGCUUACCUUCCCGUACGGUACAAGGCAGCAGGCAGCAAGAGUGCACAUGGACGCCUUCCAGAACAGAAGGAACAACAUCCUAGCGCACAGCAUCCCCAGCAGCGAGCGCAGGCCGCUGCCGAGAACAGCGGAGGCCAGCCGAGAGUGGUCACCAGAGAACCUGGACGAUGAUGACUCGACCCCAGACAGUGAAGCCCCAGAGCUGGAGGGUGAGCCGAGCAACCAGGAGAUGGAGACCAUGGCAGGACCUGAUCAGAGGCACGACGCCAACAGCCUGAUGCAGACGGCUGUGCAGGUGGCAGUAACGCUGACCAAGCCAGUGGGGCCCGACCUGAUGAAGUUCGUGAGCGAAGCCGAUGAGGCCGGCCUGCUCCACCCAAGGCUUCGACACAACAAAGGAGAAGCUGACCAGGACCCCGAGCAGGAGGUGGCGUGGCUCGAGAGGAACAGGCUCGAGCAGCUCAUGCAGUCGCUGGCAGGCUGCUGGAGCCAGAAAGAGGGCGAACAGGGCUGGCCAUCGUGGCAGGCUGCGUGCGUGCCCCAUGUGCUGAGGGCGCUGCAGACUGGCGUCUACCAGAGGCUGUUCAGCAACGUGUCAGGGCCGAGCCGCCAGCGCAGCCAGCGCCGAGCGGCGGAGGAGAUCUGCCGCCUGGCAUGGCUCAACAGCGGAGAGGCGCGCAGGCAGAUCCAGCAGCAGGACCCGAAGGAGGCAGAGCGGCGCAGAGCAAUGGCUGAGCAGUUCCUGGGCGUGACUGAGCCAGUGGCGAGGAGCCGCGGCCCGCGACCGCAAGCAGCAGUGCGAGUGCCAAGCAGGGCUCCAGCCAGACAGCCGAUGAGGAACCCAGAGGCCAGGGCCACCAGCAGCCCCGCCGAGCUGCGCACGGGGUACCGCAGCCAGAGCGGAUGGAGCACCAUGGACAUGGCAGACCUCGACCACUUCCUUGAAGAGGAGAACAGCGAGGAUUGCCUCCAGCAGCCCGUAGACAAGCAGGACAGCGAUGACAACCACCAGCAGAUCCCAGAUGUACAGCGCAGCAUAGGGUACCACCUGGCAGACCGCAGAGGACCCCAGCGUGGCGAGGGGUUAGGCCACGGAGGACCCCAGCGCGGUGAGGGGUUAGACCGCAGUGCCAAAGGCAAGCAGAGGCUCGAGGCGGAGGUCCCUGACGAGCCCAGCGAGCAUGACGCGGACGUUUUGACCAACAGUGUGGUAGACAGGACCUCGCAACUAACAGAGCGGACCCAUACCCUGGGAAACCGACAGACUGAACGCGAGGGGGAGGGCUUGGCCCGCGGAUACCACGUGAACCGCGAACACAGCGGGUGGCAUAGUCGGGGGACCUCGCCCGAGCCAGUGGGCAGUAGCACCGAGGAUGGGGACAGCGCGAGACUCGGCGUUCCCCCGCGUGGCGAGGGGUUAGGCCACAAAACCGCGCAGCCCGAGACGACGGCAGACUACGACGACACAGACUUGCAGCGGGACUUGGAGAAGUUGUUCGGCGACUUUCCCCAGCGCGGUGAGGGGUUAGACCGCAUGGAACCCCUGCGUGGCGAGGGGUUAGGCCACGGCAAUCCCCUGCGCGGUGACGGGGUAGACCGCAGUGCCAAAGGCAAGCAGAGGCUCGAGGCGGAG